GAAGACACAGAAACAGAGCGAGGCAACGCAGCAGAGAUCAGCUCCACACUGAAGAUGCAGUUCUGCUUCUGUUUGCUGCUCCCCGGCCUCCUGUCCUUCACUCUGCUCCGCUACAGCGUCGACGGCCUCAGAGUCCAACCGCAACCUGCUCGGCAGGUAGACCAGCCCAUUUUGAGGUUUCAUGCAGCCCCUCAGUCCCGCCCUGUAGGUGUGAAGGUGGGGGAGGAGCUGACGGCAAAACUGUUCCAAUCGGAUCACCUGAUGAGGAUGGAAAAUGAUGUCAUGGAGCCAAAGAGGAAGAGGAGCUUUCCCAUCAACAACGUCCCGCUGGACCGCCUGUCCAUCAGCUCCAUGGAAACGAAGCAGCAAGGGUCAGACAAGCAGAGUAAGGUGGUGGAUUCGCCACGGCGACGACUCAAUCCACCGCCCAUUGACAGAAUCGGGAUGGGUCGUCUGCCAAACGGCAGAGGAUAGGCCACAUCCCACAGCGCUCUCACUGGACAGAUGCAUGAAACCGCCAAUCACCUGCUGAACCACGCCCACCUGACACCCAGACUUCACCUGGACACGCCCACCUGACACCCUCACUUCACUUGGACAGCCCAACACAAAGCAUGACUGUUCAAUGAUGGUGCGUUCAAAUGCAGCUCCGUAAAGUCGGCACACAUAGAGAUGAAGUGAUUUCAACGACACCUGCGAUUUGCUUCCAUGGCAACUCGUUUUA